AUGAUGGGGGAGCAUAAAAAGGAACCAUGGAAAAGAAUAUUGUGGAUUCGUCAAGAUUAUCCUGAUAAUUAUACAGAUCCUGAAUUUAUUAGACAUGCACAAAGGCUACGAUAUAAGGGUAAAUACGCAUGGCCAUCACCGACAUCAGCGACACCAGUGGUACAGGUAAGAACAGAUUUGGUACUUUUUUACAACAAACUGCUCAGCACUUCACUUGUAUUCAUUGCAUUCAAUUUCAUCUAUCAUUAUAAAGUGGAUCCACUACCUUAUACCAUAGCUCUGACUGUAUUCAUUCUGUAUUUGAGUUGGAAAUCAACACGACGCUGGGUCGAUUUGAGAUCAUCUCUUGUCAUUACAUUUGCCAUGUUAACAUUAUCACCGGUUCUAAAAUCGUUAUCCAAGACAACUGCAUCUAAUUCCAUCUGGACUCUUGCCUUUUGGUUAACACUGGCGUAUGUGGGAUCUAUGUCACCAAAUUCGGCAUCCCAAACUUCGAAUCUAUCGACGAAUCUUCUUCUGGCAAUCGUUACGGUCUUAGCAUCAAGAUUAAAUUCUUCUACUCAAGUUUUCUGUUUCCUCUUCAUAUGCAUUCAGCUUAAUCUAAUUCUACCUAAGUUGGUCGUGUUUAAUACUAGGUUAUAUGCGCUUGUAUUAAGCACAAUCGUAUUUACCUAUGUCAUUCUAGCAUUGGGGUUAUCGUACGCCGUUGUUGCCUGGUGCCUAUCAUCCUUUUACAUCUUCGUAUUACCUCAGUGGUUUGUAUAUUGGCAAACCAAUUACCGCGGCUACGAGGCAUCGCUUUCAAGGGUAUGGGAAUCUCAAAGACCUAUACUAGACUAA